GAUGUGCAGCAUGUUGUUUGAUGCUCUGAAGCGCAACAUGGCUCAGUUUGUCGUUGUUGCUGUCCUGCUCAUGAGUCUCAUUGUUUCAGCUAAACAUUUUUUCAGAGAGACGUCGAGUUGUUACCAGCCAGUGCCGAGGGAACCGGACUUUGGGGUGAAAACUGCUGCUCGUGCAAGUGAACUUCUAAACCUCGGUCAGCUGCCCAAGUCCUGGGACUGGAGGAACGUAAAUGGCGUCAACUACGUCUCCACCACCCGGAACCAGCACAUCCCCCAGUACUGCGGAUCCUGCUGGGCUCAUGGCAGCACCAGUGCAAUGGCAGAUCGCAUCAACAUUAAGAGGAAAGGCGCCUGGCCGUCUGCUUAUCUGUCCGUCCAACACGUGGUGAACUGCGCUGACGCUGGCACCUGUCACGGAGGGGACCACGGAGGGGUGUGGGAGUACGCUCACAAACACGGCAUCCCUGACGAGACCUGCAACAAUUACCAGGCAAUUGACCAGAAAUGCAAGCCCUUCAAUGAAUGUGGGACUUGCACAACCUUCACGGUGUGCAACAUCGUGCAGAACUACACUCUGUGGAAAGUAGGCGACUUUGGAGUAGUCAGUGGGCGUGAGGACAUGAUGGCAGAAAUCUACACUGGAGGACCCAUCAGCUGUGGAAUCAUGGCCACGGAAACCCUGGACGUAUACAGCGGAGGACUGUACACCGAGUAUGUUGAGACCCCAUCCAUCAACCACAUUGUGUCUGUGGCAGGCUGGACGGUGGAGAACGGCACCGAGUACUGGAUUGUCCGCAACUCCUGGGGCGAGCCAUGGGGUGAGAAGGGCUGGCUCAAGAUUGUGACCAGUGCCUACAAAGGAGGAAGUGGAAGCAAGUACAACCUGGCUUUAGAGGAAGACUGCAUGUAUGGAGACGUGAUUGUACCCUUAAGCUACGAAGAAAGCCAAGGACAGUAAUGCAACUUAAUCCUCAUUAUAGGAACCCUGAGUUUUUCUCUGUUGGUCGAUUCCUUUGCUAACUGGACUUGUCAUGCGAGGGAUUUUGUUUAAACUAGUGAAAUAAAAAUAUUGUGCUCCAACUUUA